AUGUCUUUUGAUCCUCGGAUCUCCUUUUUUGCCCAUGGUGACUCGAAAUGUCUGCCAGAGGUAUCGCCCGAGUUCAUUCAAGCAGCAACGUUCAAGCGCGCAAAAUGUCGAAAGUAUUCACCCUUUGCCAGUGAGAGAUCACGCAUCGGGAUUGUCACGGCGCAUUUUGGCGAGGGCAAGGAGCAUUACCAAAUGGCGUUUCAAACACAUUUGUUCCACUCUUUGGUCCACGGAACAGAAGUUAGGGUCAUGUGCGACCCUAUUGUCGACGACCUGUGGAACAAGCCUGCCUAUAUCUUGGACCUUCUCUUUCGCGAGAUGAUGAAACCAGAGAAGGAACGUCUUGAAUGGAUUCAAUGGGUGGACCGUGAUACUCUCAUUCUCGACCAAUGCCGGCCGAUCUCAAGCUUCCUUCCGCCCGAGAAGGGACGCCGUGGUUCGUGGUGGCGUCGUAACGACGGACAGAAGGAAGAGCAACAAGGCCAGGCAAAUACGACACACUUACUCGUAACUGAAGACUGGAACGGUCUCAACAAUGGGGUAUUCCUUCUUCGCGUGAACAGUUGGGCGAUUGAGCUCUUCACCGCUAUCCUUGCUUUCCGGCACUACAGGCCUGAGGUUGACCUCCCAUUUACCGAGCAAUCCGCCAUGGAACAGGUUCUCCGUACAGAACAGUUCAGGGAUAAAACAAGAUAUGUACCCCAGCAUUGGUUUAAUGCAUACGAAGGGGGUGCAGCACAAUUGUUUGAGGAUCGAGAGGAUGAGGAGGGGUUGAAGCAGUUCCAGGCCAGGAGAGGCGAUUACUUGGUGCAUUUUGCGGGGCACAACAGGAAGGAUCAAGCAAUACGAGAUUGGAAGAGCAUGUUGGAUCAGAGCGGGGAUGUCUGGGAGGGGCAUAGGGUUCAGAGAGACGUGUCACCAGAAAUUGAGACCUUCUGGAAAGGCUUAGGUUACGGAGGGUAG